AUGGCUGCCUCUGCACUCGUUUUUGCAGGGAAAUCUGUGGCGACUUCGGCCAUAUCCUUCUUGGUCAACAAGGCUUUCAGCUACAUCGAUGAGUACUGCAAGUCCGAAAGCAUGGAUGAGUUGAAGAAUCGGCUCCUGCGGGCCAUGCCACAUAUCCAGGCGGUGUUUGAUGUCGUCAACCCAGAACUUGUCAGGGAGCAGAGCAGCGGCCUUGACGCGUGGCUCUGGCAGCUCAGGGACGCGGUCGAGGCGGCGGAGGACGCCAUCGAUGAGCUUGAAUACUACGAGCUCGAGGAGAAGGCCAAGGACCAAAAGGUUAGUGAAUGGGGUUCUCCUCUUGUUAAGAUGAAGCACAAGUUUGUCAGGUCUCUUGGCCCUGCUGUCAACAAGACUAUCAAGAAAAUUAGUCACCGUGAUACUCUGAAGAGAUUGAUGAAAUCUGUGGAUGAUUUAGACAAGGCUGCCAUAGGUGUUAGUGAUUUCCUCAAGCUCACAGACCAUCUCAGUGGAGGUUCUUCUACCAGCAGUCAGCAGAAAGUUCAGAAGCUCAUGGACAAUGAUCGCCAGACUAGUUCAAUAUUAAGUGCAACCAUUUUUAUUGGACGAGAAAAGGAGAAAGAACAGAUUAUUGGAUGGCUAACCAACACGUCAGAUGAAUUGGGAGAAACUAGGGUCAGAAGGACCAAUAGUAUUCCAAUUAUUUCAGUUAUUGGUCAUGGUGGCAUGGGGAAGACUACCUUGGCUCAGAGCAUAUGCAAUCAAGAUGAGGUACUAAAGCAUUUUAAGGUCAUCUGGACCACCAUAUCUACUAGCUUUGAUGCGACAUCGGUGACAAGUAAAAUACUGGAAGACGCUACGCGCGUGAAACCGAGCAGCGAUCAUUUGGAACCACUACAACGGGACCUCAAAGAGAAACUCGCAUUCAUUAAUUUUUUGUUAGUUCUAGAUGACGUUUGGGAAGAUAAGAAGAGAGAUGAAUGGGAGAAGUUAUUUGCUCCUCUGAAGGAACUGAACACUACUGGGAGCAAAAUUCUGUUGAUAACCCGAAUGCAAUCUGUAGCAGACAUGGCUGCAAAGGUGAUGGGGGUCGAAAGGGAUAAGUUCUUGACAUUACAAGGACUGGAAGAUGAUAAAAAUCUCAAGCUCUUCAAUCAUCAUGCCUUUUCCGGUUUGAAUCCAAGAGAUUCAUAUUUGGAGUUAAUUGGAGAACAAAUUGCAAAGAAACUGAGAGGAUGUCCCUUGGUAACGAAGGUUGUCGCUGAGCAUCUGCAAAGCAAUAUGACACCUGAAUACUGGAGAAGAUUCUUGCAUCAAGGAUUGGAACAUUUUAAAGGAACCGAAAAAGAUAUUAUGAAUGUUCUCAGAUUGAGCUACUACCACUUACCAACAGAGCUACAGAUUUGUUUUCGGUAUUGUUGCAUAUUUCCGCAGGACUAUAGAUUUGGAAAGAAACAAUUGGUGCAAAUGUGGAUUGGUUCUGGAUUAAUUGCAAGUGGCAUUCAAUCUUUGGAGGAUACCGCAGAACAAUUCUUGGCUCAGCUAACUAGAAAGUCGUUCUUUGAUAUGAAACCUAUAACUUUUGGAUGGGAAGAAAAAGAAAGUUAUGUAAUGCAUGACUUGAUGCAUGAAUUAGCAAGCAAUGUGUCCACCGGUGAAUGUGCAAGAAUAUGUGAUCCUGUUCAACUUCAAGAUGAGAAGUAUACAGUCCGACACCUAUGCAUUGUCAAUAUUCACAGUUUCUCUGCUGAUGAGGUCAAGAAAAUCUCCCAUUUUAAGAAUCUACGCACUAUUAUCAUUCGUGAUAUCCCGCUAGUUGAAAAUGCUACUGUUUGCGCACUUCAAAUGAUAGUUGAGACCUCAAAAUCACUGCGACUAUUAUAUGCAGAAUUACGAAACCAAUCCUGUUUUGCAAUCAAGUUUGGUAACUUAAAACAUCUUCGCUAUAUCUUCAUGAGUUCGAUAGCACAAGACAAGAUAUGUGGGGUCGCAAAACUUUAUCACUUGAUGUUCCUUUACCAUGGUUUUUUUGGGACCAAAAUACAUGAAGCAAGAUAUUUAGGGAACCUUGAAUGCCUGCGGUGUGUAUCCUAUGGUGGUGUGCAUGGAUUUGGUAAUUUUCCUGUAAGCAGGCUCACUUCUCUUCAGGAAUUACAUAAUUAUAUGGUAGAAGAAAGAACAUGCAACAAAAUAAGUGCAAUUGGGAGCUUAAGAGAUCUUCGUGAAUUAGGUCUGCAGGGUCUUGAGAAUGUUAAGAAUUGUGAAGAAGCUAAGAGUGCCAAGUUGAAGGAAAAACAACAUCUCAACUCACUAUUCAUGGAGUGGUCGACACCUGAUCAAAUCAUGACAGAUGAGUUAGUUCUUGACCACCUUGAGCCACAUGUUAAUAUCAAGGUAUUGAAAAUUCAAGGUUACCCAGGUCCCAAAAUUCCAUCUUGGAUAGAGGACAGCUCUGUAAAAAAUCUGGUAUCUCUCAGGUUGAUAAGUUGCAUUAAUUGGGAAUAUCUUCCCUCUCUUGGCGAUUUGGUAUUUUUGAAGUUUCUAAUGUUGAAGGACCUUCGUAAGCUACGUCAGAUUGGUCGAUCAUCUGAUAUGUCUGGUAGUAGCUGCACGGAGUUGCUGUUACCUCAAAGACUUCAUAGUUUGGAAGUAAAUGAAUGCCGAGAACUGAGGGAGUUACCUAUUCUACCUCCAAGCCUAGUGUCACUGAAUAUAGGAGAUGUUUGUCUGACCAAACUUCCUAUUAUUGGAAAGAUACCGAGUGGAAGCAUCGAGCCAAAAUCAUCUAAGUUGACUGAUAUAAUUAUCACCAACUGUCCAUGCUUAACUUCGCUGGAAGGGAGCCUUUUGGAGCAAAAAUUGCACAUGGGAACUCUCCAUGCCCUAAGAAUUAAUGAUUGUCAGGAUCUGCAAUCCGCCCCCAUACCAUUUGAAGAAAUUAAAGAGCUUAAGAUGCUCAUAAUAACGGCAUGUCCAAAGUUGAGGACGAUGAGAGAUGGCAAAGAUAAGCUUGUGCCAUCAUCACUAAUAAGCCUUACUAUUGGCCAGUGUGGUGACCUGGAACUUCCACUACUUGAGUCACUCCACCUGCUCACCAACUUAUCUGCACUUAUGCUGGAAAACUGCUCGAGCCUGGUGUCCCUCCCCUCCGGGGAUGUAUUCAAGAGUCUCAGGUCUUUGCAGAUCAUGCACAUAAUGGAAUGCGAGAAUCUCUCGUCCUUGGGAGGGCUCGGAUCACUUCCAACCCUCUAUUUCUUAGUAAUUAGAGGGUGCGGUAAACUCGCGGAGGCUGGGUCCUCGCUAACUCGAGUUGCAUCUGGUUCUGGUGGCGAAGACGAGCAUCUGGUGGAGCCCGGUAGCUCACUGGAGAUAACAAAUCUUGACAUUUGUCUGCCGUCCCUGCUGCAUCUUGAGCCACUUAAGAGUCUCUGCCGCACCGAAUAUUUGUGUAUUAAGACUGUGUCAGAGAUGGAUAGCUUACCUGAACGAUGGCUGCUACAGAACCGUUCAUCCCUCCGACUGCUGACUAUACCCAAAGCAGAUUCCUUGAGAUCGCUCCCACCCAGAAUGCAAGACCUCUGCUCUCUCCAGGAAUUGUACCUAAUUGGUGCUGGGCAACUCCAGUCACUUCCAUAUCUGCCCUCCUCCUUGAAGAGCCUCAGUCUUCCAGGAUGCCAUCCAGACCUGAAAAAGAAGAUUACGAAACAUGGAAGCCCAGAAUGGAACAAGAUUGCUCACAUCCCUUAUGCGCAAAUAGGAGAUUCGCUUUUCAUCAGUGGCAAGAAGAAACACAAAAGGCCUUCACCAAACUAA